UAUAUACCUUCAAAAUAGUACUCUAAAUGUUUAUAACCCAAAAUAACAACAAUACCAAACAAAAAUAUCAUCAACGACCCAAAUAUAAUAAAAUUCCAAAUAUUAAGAUCAAUUCAUAUUAUUAUGUCUUCCACUAACAUCAUGCAAAUAAAUGAUGAUGAUGAUGAUAUGAUGUCAUCACCACCUUCAUCACCUCCAUGGGAAAUCUUAAACCUAGUUUCUCAUUACUUAGACUCAAACACCUUAGCCAUUGCCACGUGUGUGUCUAAAACAUGGUCCACGUGUUUCUCCUCCGACCACUUAUGGGACCCACUUUGCGCGGCCACUUUCCCCACCCUUGCAACCACCCUCGGGUCGGUUGCCGCCUCGCUCCCUCGCCACCGCCUCUACGCUCUCGGCCACACCGCAGCCCUUUGCCGCCAACGGAAGCCUCGUAAGCCUCGGCUCUCCCUCGACCGCCUUCUCUUUGUCAUCGCGGUCCACCUCCCCGGUGGAUCGUUGAAUUUAAUCAAGCCAUGCAACGACAUGCAGAGGGACCCACACGGGUUGUUUAGGUUCGAUGUUGAGGUGGUGGAGGAGAGGGAGUUGAGCUUGGAGGAGUUGAAAGAGGCGAGGGUGACGUGGACGGUGGCGGAGAAGGAUUGGAAGGCGGUGUUUGUUUUAGCUGAGGAGAGUGUUGGGAAGUUGGCUUCGGGUGUUGAUGGGUUCUUUUCAAAGGAGUUGCCGUCGCCGGGGUGUUGCUCGAACACCAUGUCGAGCGGGCUCGUGGCGGAUAUUCGGUUCGGGUUGAAGGAUAGUCAAGAUAGUAGGAGGAGGAGUGGUGGUAGGAUGAGCAGGAUUGAGAAGGUGAGUGUUGGGGUUAUGAGUGUGCUUAAUUGGAGACAUGUUAGUGUUGAGGAUGUCCUAUUUUACUUGGAGCACUUCCUUCAUGUUUGAUUAGGAUCGGAUGUCACCAAGUUCUCGCUUUGUCUCUUCUCAAUUAUUACUUUUUUUAAGCUUGACCGAAGUUUGAGAAAACAUAAUAAUCGAGGUAUCUUAACAAAAAAAAGUAUUGUGACAAUUUUUUAAGAGAGGGUACCGGUAUAUACAAUUUUGUCUCCUUAGUCCUAAUUGGUAAUUAGGAAAAUCAAGAUAAAUGAAAGACUCAAUAGUAAAAUAGUAUAGUGUUUUUUUCUUUUCUUUUUUUCCCCUAAUUUCUUAGGUACGUUUAUAUAUGAAUAUAUGUGUAGACUACUUUUAUAUAGGUUAUGUGUAAUGUGUUAAGACAUUGGUUUUUUUCUUUGGUGUAGUAGACUUAAAAAUAGGAUCAUCCGUAUCAGCGUAUGCUAUGCAUGUCAUGUUGUCAAGAUUUUCAUGUGUAUAUAUUGACAAUUAGCAAAAAUGCAAUUCAUUGUUCACUCCUUCCAAAUUCCAAUC